UGCAAACCUUCUUAAUUUCUUCAAUUAAUAAAUAAUGAAUUCGCCCCCAUUUGUUUUUCUCCAUCUUCUUCUUCUUCUUCGUUAGCAAUUAGCAGGAGGGACGACAUCGACGGCUACAAAAAAUAGUAGAAGAACAGUGAGUUAGUGAGUGAGGCAGAAAGAAAGAAAGAAAAGAUUUAUGGAGGGUGGGCCUCACAAAGCUGACAAGACAGAAUUCACAGAAUGUUGGCAAACAACAUGGAGAAAACCUUACAUAAUGAGGCUUGCUCUAUCAGCAGGCAUUGGAGGACUCCUCUUUGGUUAUGACACAGGUGUUAUUUCUGGUGCCCUUCUUUAUAUUAGAGAGGAUUUUAAGUCGGUUGAUAAGAAGACGUGGUUACAGGAGACAAUCGUCAGUAUGGCUGUGGCCGGGGCUAUAAUAGGAGCUGCGAUAGGCGGUUGGCUAAAUGAUAAGUUGGGUCGGAAAAUAUCAAUCCUCAUAGCAGACGCUCUUUUCUUUGUGGGAGCAAUAGUAAUGGCACUUUCUGUUGCCCCCUGGAUGAUAAUAAUAGGAAGGAUCUUCGUGGGCUUAGGCGUAGGGAUGGCCUCAAUGACCUCACCUCUCUACAUCUCCGAGGCUUCCCCUGCAAGAAUCAGGGGCGCCCUCGUCAGCACCAAUGGUUUGCUCAUCACUGGAGGCCAAUUUCUUUCUUACCUAGUUAAUCUUGCAUUCACAAAGACUCCCGGGACAUGGCGAUGGAUGCUUGGAGUUGCAGGGGUUCCAGCCUUAGUGCAAUUUGUAUUAAUGUUGUCCCUUCCUGAAUCUCCCAGAUGGCUAUAUAGGCAGAACAAGGUAGAUGAAGCCAGGGCCAUCCUGGAGAAAAUUUACUCCCCACAUGAAGUUGAAGAGGAGAUGGAAGCUUUGCAGUCUUCUGUUGAAGCUGAGCAGGCUGAUGAGAAAGCCAUGGGGGGGCAAGGCUUGUUUUCCAAACUGAAAAGUGCCUGGACCAAUCAAGUUGUUCGCAGGGGACUUUAUGCCGGUAUAACAGUCCAAGUGGCUCAGCAAUUCGUGGGCAUUAACACAGUGAUGUACUACAGCCCCACCAUAGUCCAGUUUGCAGGUUUUGCCUCAAAGCAGACGGCAUUGGCGCUCUCUCUGGUCACCUCUGGCCUUAACGCGGUUGGCUCAAUAGUUAGCAUGGCUUUUGUGGACAGGUAUGGGAGGAGGCGGUUGAUGAUCAUUUCCAUGUUUGGAAUCAUCAUUUGCUUGGUCGCCUUGUCCACUGUCUUCUUUCAGGCGUCCCAACAUGCCCCGCCUAUUAGCAUGGCGGAGUCCACCCACUUUGGAAGGAACUCCACAUGCUCAAGCUAUCUAAAGGCCGUUUCUUCUAAUCCUGCAGCAAAUUGGAACUGUAUGAAAUGCAUAAGAGCCUCUUCUGGUUGUGCAUUCUGUGCACAAGGAGAGAGCAUAUAUAACCCCGGUGCAUGUUUGGAUUGGGAUGAUGGGAUGAAAGGCAUGUGUCGUGGAGAGAAGCGGACAUGGUACACGAGCGGGUGUCCGAGCAGAUUUGGGAUAGUUGCGGUUAUCCUUCUGGGAGCGUACAUCAUAUCUUACUCCCCAGGGAUGGGAACGGUACCCUGGAUUGUUAAUUCUGAGAUAUACCCACUUAGGUACAGAGGGAUUGGGGGAGGGAUUGCAGCUGUGGCUAAUUGGUGCUCCAAUCUCAUAGUGAGUGAGACCUUCCUCACACUCACGGAGGCUCUGGGCUCAUCCGGGACAUUCUUGCUUUUCGCGGGGUUCUCGGUCAUAGGUCUGCUCGCAAUAUACUUUAUUGUGCCUGAGACAAAAGGGCUGCCCUUUCAGGAGGUGGAGAAAAUGUUGGAGAAAGGGUUUAGGCCGCCUGGCAUGUUCUGGAAGAAGAAGAAGAAUAACAAUAACAUAGUAGUAGGAGGAGGAGAUGUGAAUCAAUCAUAGUUAGUUGGAUUUUUCUUGUUUUUAAUAAUGUGUUUGUUUAGAACGAUACGGAAAAGAAAGAAUAAUUACAAGUU